CCGCUGAUGUCCUACGGCAGCGAGACGCCGCACGUCUGGACCAGCUCCUCGGGCAGUGAGGUGUCUGCGUACGGGGCGCUGUGGGACGCGCCGCCCGCGCCCGUGCCCUACCCCGACAUCCUGGCGUUCCCACCCGCCGACCUCGUGUGGUCGGCGGCGGGGUGCGGGCGCGGGUCGGCGCGCUCGACGCCGGGCGGCAAGAAGCCGCGCCGCCGCGUCGCGUCCGUCGCGCAGCGCCGCGCCGCCAACAUCCGCGAGCGGCGACGUAUGUUCAACCUCAACGAAGCCUUCGACAAGCUGAGACGGAAGGUGCCAACGUUCGCGUACGAGAAGCGUCUCUCCCGCAUCGAGACGCUGCGUCUGGCGAUCACGUACAUCAGCUUCAUGUGCGAGCUGCUGCACGGGUCGCCGCAGCCGCACCACGCGCACCUGCACCCUUCGCGACAUGCCUUCGAGGCCGACGUGCCCUGGUGCACUUAG